CCGAUGCAUCAUGAUAAUGUUUAUAGUACUACCUAAGCAUUUCAAACGUUCUUACCAGUGGUGUGGUCUGAUUGAAUUGCUGGAAUGAAUUUAGGAAAUGAAUGAUGUUCCGAACUAACAAUUCUUCUACAAUGUCGACGUCAGACAAACACAGCAAAACUUUCAAACCAGGACCUCAACAGUAAAGACGACAUCUAAACAAAAUGGUGUUUUUCUACCCAGCACUCAUCCUCCUUUCCUUCCUCCUCUACAAUAUACACUCACUAUACUCAAACUACAGAAAUGCAUCAACAUUAGGUUUACCCCGAAUAGUCAGUCCCAUCACCCCCGACAACCCCUUAUGGAUUGCUUUCCAAACCGCAUUCAAAGUCUUCGUCCGGAGAUUUCCCUUCGGAGCAACUUCUUUCACCAGAUACACUCGUUUGGGCUGGGAAUUCCAUGAUAGAUUCCAUACUCAUGUACGGCUUGGCGAUGGCUGGGUUCUGGUGACACCGGGAAGGAAUUGGGUUUUUAUUGCGAAUGCUGCCGCUGUGACAGAUAUAUUCUCCAGAGGGCGUGAUUUUGUGCGCCCUUUGUGGAUGCUUGGUAGCUUAUUUUAUUUUGCAGCUUAGAUCAUGGGGUACUAAUAUUGAUUCAGAAACUCUCAGUGUCUUUGGACCAAAUAUUUCCACUGUAAGAUAUGUUCAAGCUGUACCAGGACUAAAAACUCAUAAGUGUUAGGCUGAAGGUCAAGACUGGCAGAGACAGAGAAAACUCACUGCUACUCCGUUUAAUGAGCAGAAGAGCCCUCUAGUAUGGAACGAAUCUUUUCGCCAAGCUAAAGAUAUGUUGCGCGCUUGGUGCUCUCGGAGUCGAGAUGGAAUUACCACAACACCGGAUGAUACCAGGACAUUGGCCCUGCAUGUACUUGCAUAUGUAGCCUUCCAAAAAUCAUAUCCGUUUGAUAGUAUCUCACACGGUAAAGCUGUAAACCAAACUUCUUUAACUUAUCGGGAUUCUAUCGCCAUCAUUCUAGAAAAUGUUUUGCUCAUUAUGGUUCUACCGGAGAAGGUAUUCACUCUACCAUUCUUGCCACGAAGCUUCCAACAAGUUGGCUGGGCUAUUAAUUCAUUCCGUGAAUACAUGACAGCUCAAGUAGCAGCCGAACGAGAAUUGAUCCGGAAUGGCGAGGCCGGUACAGGUAACCUCGUUAGUAAUUUGGUUCGCGCCUCGGACAAAGGUCUAGCAAUAAGCUCAGAAUCUGGUAACAGCAGCAAACUCAAGCCUUUAACCAACGCCGAAAUCUUCGGUAAUAUCUUUGUUUUCAACUUUGCUGGACACGAUACGACUGCUAUAUCACUUGCUUAUGGCAUGCUUCUAUUAGUUGCACAUCCCGAAGUUCAAGAUUGGGUCCAUGAAGAAAUUGAACACUAUGUAGGGAAUCAAGACCCUAAACCCCUGGCAUACAAUGAAAAUUUUCCCAAACUCAAACGAAUACUUGCAGUUUUAGUAAAUCUCUUCCUGUUGGGAUUCGACGUCAAGUGGGCUAACCAGCUAUUCCAGCUCGAGACUCUACGUCUUUAUAAUCCCCUUCCUGGUGUACCCAAAUAUACCGGUUCUAAAUCCACCGAUCUCAAAAUCAACAGCCACACUUAUCAUAUCCCUGCCGACUACCUGGUAGUUCCUCACCUCCAAGCCUUGCACACGCAUCCACGGCAUUGGGGAAGCGACUCUCUAGUAUGGCGCCCGCAAAGAUGGAUCGAGCAUCCAGGAGCCCUCGAUCAAGAAACCUUAUUCAAUCCAACAAAAGGGACAUAUUUCCCAUGGUCAGAAGGACUACGAAAUUGUCCGGGCAAAAAGUUCGCACAGGUUCAAUUCGUGGCAACGUUGACUGCACUCUUCAUGAAUCAUAUUGCGGAGCCUGUUCCCAUCGCGCAUGAAUCGAUUGAUGCGGCUCGUAAGCGGACUUUGGAUAUUGUGCGGGAUAGUCAUGUAGAGUUGUUAUUGCAGAUGGCGAAUCCGAGGAAUGUUUCUGUUAGAUGGGUGGAAAGGACAGCUAAGAAUUGAGGAGAAGUGAAAGUCAAGUACAAGGUGAAGAAAUAGCCAAGUUGGUUAUAAUAUAUGAUUCUUAGACUGCACUGCUUAACCUUAUGUAUCUUAUCAAGGUAGACGCUAUCUUCAUCACAGGUCUGGUUGAAUAAU